AUGGAAAAAACUCCUAAAGUAAUUGUCUCUAAUCCAUCAAAACUUGAACCUAGUGAUGGUGCAAAACGGGCUGCUAAGCUCCGCUCCACGUCUAACGACAUGGUUGCAGCUGGACGGCCACAGAACUUGGGCCAGCUGUUGCCUCAAGUCGAAGAAGCCGUCCAUCAGAAACGACCUGAGUGGACUCCUACAACCUGGCAAGAUUAUCCCAUCAAGCAAGAUGUGGUAUAUGACGAUGAAACAAAAGUGGAAGCUGCGCUUGAAAAACUGGAGUCACUCCCGCCGCUUGUCCACCCAGCAGAAAUUGAGCGUCUUAAACAAAAGCUGAGCGAUGCAGCCGAAGGAAAAGCCUUUUUGCUACAAGGUGGUGACUGCGCUGAACUCUUUGAUUAUUGCAAUGAAGAUCGUAUUGAUUCCCAACUCAAGGUUCUGCUGCAAAUGUCUCUGGUACUGAUUUGGGGAUCUAAACUGCCUGUGAUUCGUAUGGGCCGCAUGGCUGGUCAAUACGCCAAGCCACGAUCUAAGCUGACCGAAAUGAUUGAUGGCAAUGAGAUUCCAUCGUUCCGUGGUGACAACAUCAAUGGCUUUGAUAUCAAGUCUCGAACUCCGGACCCCGCACGUUUAGUGUCGUCAUAUUUCCAUGCAGCAGCCACUAUCAAUCACGUUCGCUCUCAGUUAGCCAAUGGAUUUGCCGAUUUGCGCCGACCUCUUGACUGGGAUCUUUCGCAUGUUCAAAAGGAUCAUGUUCGUGAGCGAUACCAGGAAGUGGUGGACCGUAUCACCGAAGGAUUGGCGUUUAUGAAGACCAUUGGUGCUGACAAAAGCGCUGAUAUUACCUCUGUGGACUUCUUCACCGCCCACGAGGCCUUGUUAUUGGAGUACGAACAAACCUUGACUCGUAAUCUCCGUGAUCCAGCCACAAACAUUAAAAAGUGGUACAACACUUCAGCACACUUUGUGUGGAUUGGCGAUCGCACACGCCAAAUUGAUGGUGCACACGUUGAAUUUUUCCGCGGCCUGGCUAACCCGAUUGGCAUCAAGGUGGGCCCCAGCAUGGAAGCCAAGGAACUUGUUGAGCUGCUCGAUAUAGUGGACCCGAACUAUGAAACGGGCCGAGUAACGCUGAUUACCCGUUAUGGUGGAGCCAAAAUCCGCGACCUUCUCCCUCAGCACAUCAAGGCUGUACGCGCAUCCGGUCACAAGGUUGUUUGGGUAUCAGAUCCCUGCCAUGGAAACACAAAGGUUUCGCCCGUGACAAAGUUCAAAACACGAUACUUUGAUGACAUUGCAACAGAGAUUCGGCUAGCCCUCGAAAUCCAUAAGGAGUGUGGUAGCGUACUUAACGGCAUGCACCUAGAACUUACAGGCGACGCAGUCACUGAGUGCAUUGGAGGAUCCCAAGCUCUUGAAGACAAGGACCUGGUCAUUAGAUAUGAUACAGUAUGUGAUCCACGUCUUAGUGUGUCCCAAUCGCUGGACAUUGCGUUUUUGGUAUCGGACUGGUUCCAAGGCAAUAAGCAGACCGAAGUUUAG